GGGUUCUCCACCGUUAACCGUGUCACGGCUUUUACAGUCGCUUUCCUCAGUUUACUGCUGUAAUUAGUUUAAUGCUAUAAUUUGCUUUGAUUUAUGAAAUCCUGUGCAGUUUUACGGUUUUUAUUGAUUUGAAAUACUUAGAUUAUCGUGGGUCGUAAGUUUGUUUUCGGAUAAGUAUGGCUGCGACAAUGCUGAACGGAACGCUAAAUCUUCGUACCAGCAACAAGAACUACGGGGAGGAAAAGAAGAAAAUUGAGGAUUUUCUUUCCACAUACGAAGGAAAGAUUGGUGAUGAGAUCAAAUAUGUGUACGCAGAUCAGCUGGGAAAAAUCGCACAUCGCGAGCAGACAGCUCUGGAAAUUGAUUUGGAUCAUUUGCAUGAAUUCAACAACGAUCUGUGCGAAAACGUCGAGAAGAACACACGACGCUACGUGAAGAUUUUCCAGGAUGCCGUUGCAGAUUUGCUGCCUCGGUACAAAGUUGCAGAGAUUGAAGAAGACAAGCGCGACAACAUUGAUUUAUACGUGGAGAACCGUCUGAAGCACGAUGCAGUCCUGCCAGUCGGAAAUCCCGUGCCUCUGCCGGGGCAGAUUCCGCUGCUGCAACAACCUCCGCCAGCACCCGAGGAGCGCUUCCCCGCGGACCUUCUCCGUCAUUUUGAGGUUUACUUCAAAGUGCGUUCGUCGGAGAAGGCCGUGAGCGUUCGUGAUAUUAAAGCCGAUCAUCUGGGCAAACUGGUGCUGAUGAAAGGCAUUGUUACCCGCUGCACUGAAGUGAAACCCCUGAUCCAUGUUGCGACUUACACAUGUGAUGAAUGCGGAGCGGAUACAUUCCAAACGAUCAACUCUCCGUCUUUUAUGCCACUUUUUCUUUGCCCAAGUGUGGCUUGCAAAACCAACAAGUCGGGUGGUCGCCUGUACCUUCAGACGCGCGCUUCGAAAUUCGUCCGCUUCCAGGAGUUUAAAGUUCAGGAGCAUUCGGACAGUGUACCCGUCGGAAGUAUUCCCCGCAGCAUGACCGUGCAUGCUGCGGGUGAAAUGAGUCGACGUGUGCUGCCGGGAGAUCAUGUUAGUGUGACGGGAAUUUUCCUGCCCAUGCUCAAGUCCGGCUUCGGGGCUAUCCAUAUGGGACUGAUGUCAGACACAUUUCUAGAAGCUCAUCGGGUAGCCAUUAUGAACAAAUCGGAAAGUGAAGAAAUGGGACUGGAUCCACUUACGACAGAUGAAAGGGAUCAGCUUGCUCAACAAGGAGAUCUCUAUGAGCGCUUAGCAUACAGUAUUGCUCCGGAAAUCUACGGUCAUCAGGAUAUUAAAAAGGCUUUACUACUUUUGUUGGUUGGUGGAGUGGAUCGCAGCCCUCGCGGAAUGAAAAUUCGCGGAUCUAUCAACAUCUGCUUGAUGGGAGACCCUGGUGUCGCGAAAAGUCAACUGUUGAGCUACAUUGACCGCUUAGCACCACGCAGCCAGUACACCACCGGCAGAGGAUCCUCGGGUGUUGGUCUCACCGCCGCUGUGAUGAAAGAUCCACUCACAGGGGAGAUGAUUCUGGAGGGAGGCGCACUCGUGCUAGCAGAUCAAGGUGUCUGCUGCAUUGACGAAUUCGACAAAAUGAUGGAUUCGGAUCGUACUGCCAUCCACGAAGUUAUGGAACAACAAACCAUCAGUAUUGCUAAGGCAGGUAUUAUGACCAGUCUGAACGCGCGGGUCAGCAUUCUCGCCGCUGCGAACCCCGCAUUUGGUCGUUACAAUCCAAAACGGUCCGUGGAAGCUAACAUUCAGUUACCGGCGGCUCUUCUUUCGCGUUUUGAUCUGUUGUGGUUAAUCCAGGAUAAACCUGAUCGCGAUAGUGAUUUGCGGUUAGCCCAGCACAUUACGUAUGUGCACAUGAACCAGAAGCAACCUCCUCGUGCUGAUGAUGCACACGAACCGUUCGACAUGAAAUUUCUUCGUCGGUAUAUCCAAACCGCUAAAUCGUUCAUGCCGAGCAUUCCAGAAGAUCUUACGGAGUUGUUUACGACUUGCUACGUCGAAAUGCGGCGAGAAGCGCGAAAUAAUGCUAAGCAUUCCACCUACACAUCGGCUCGUUCCCUACUUGGACUUCUGCGUUUGGCCACUGCGCUAGCGCGAAUUCGGUUGAGAAAUAUGGUAGAAAAAGAGGAUGUUAUGGAAGCCAUUCGGUUGUUGGAACAGUCCAAAUCGUCCCUGGUUGGUCCUUCAAAGGGUCAAAAGAGACCCAUGCAAACAGUCGAUCGUAUUUUCCAUACCAUUCGUGACCUUUUUGCGCACGAGAAUGCCAAAAAGCUAGUACUGACAACAGUAUUUGACAAGUGCGUGGAUCGUGGUUUUACCCGCGAUCAGAUCCAAGAAUGCUUGGACGAGUACGAGGAGCUGAACGUUUGGGCGGUGGCUGGAAAUUAUUUGCUGCUGAUGUAAAUUGCAUGUGCCUGGGUACAUUCCUUGCUUUGGGUUCCGCUGCUGCACGCCGCUGUACACGUAUGUCUUUAUUUGUUUUGUUGGUUAUGUAGUCCUUGUACAUUGCAUGAAUUGAAAUUUCUUUAUGCAGUUUCUUUGGGCUCAUUCUUAUACAUGCGCCCGUGUUUGUACUUUUUUUACUGUUUAGCUAAGUAGUCUAUUGGCUUGUUUUAAUCCAAAUCCGAAAGCAGAACAAAAAAACCUGUUCAACGCAUAAAAUGCUUAUUGCUUGUAUUAAAGGCCAUCUUGUC